UGUGUCUUUGUGCUCUCUCCCUUGGUAGACACGAGGCCCUGAAUGGCAGAGGAGAAUUGCACCUUGGUGGCAGAGUUCAUUCUCGAGGGCCUGACUGACCAACCAGAGAUGAAGGCAGCCCUCUUCGUGGUGUUUCUGCUCAUCUACAUGAUCACCCUUUUGGGCAACAUGGGGAUAAUCAUCAUCAUCCAAGGUGACCCCCGGCUCCAUACAUCCAUGUACUUCUUCCUUGGCAGCCUCUCGGUGGUGGACAUCUGCUUCUCCUCUGUGAUUGCCCCCAGGACUCUGGUGAACUUCCUAUCAGAGAGGAGGACCAUUUCCUUUGCUGGCUGCACAGGCCAAACCUUCUUCUACAUUGUCUUUGUGACCACCGAGUGCUUUCUGCUGGCCGUCAUGGCAUAUGACCGGUACGUGGCCAUCUGUAACCCACUGCUCUAUUCAGCCGUUAUGACUCGGAGGCUGUGUGUGCAGCUGGUGGUGGGGUCCUACAUCGGGGGCAUCCUGAAUGCCAUCAUACAGAUGACCUUCAUCAUCAGGCUGCCCUUCUGCAACUCCAACGUCAUCAAUCACUUCUUCUGCGAUGUUCCUCCCCUCCUGGCUCUGUCCUGUGCCAACACCUACAUCAAUGAGAUGAUCCUCUUCUCCUUAGCUGGUAUCAUUGAGCUUAGCACCAUCUCCAUCAUCCUGGUCUCAUACACCUUCAUUUCCUUUGCCAUCCUGAGGAUCCGUUCAGCUGAAGGUAGGCAAAAAGCCUUCUCCACCUGUGUGUCCCACCUGACAGCUGUGACCCUGUUGUAUGGGACGACAAUCUUCAUGUAUUUGCGCCCCAGCUCUAGUUACUCCCUGAACACAGAUAAGAUGGUCUCUGUCUUCUACACAGUGGUGAUUCCAAUGCUGAACCCACUCAUCUACAGCCUGAGGAACCAAGUGGUGAAGGAUGCACUGAGGAGAAGAGCAGAAAGAAUCACUGUUGGGGUCUGA